AUGGGGGCCAAGCAAACCAAAGGACAAGAUUCGGCAGGGCCCAGUCCCCAACACAGCUGGAAGAGGACCCCUACCAAGGAGCGAGGGAGUGACAUACUGGCCUCUCUGAUGCUGAAGUCUGGGGACAGGCUGAACCGAAGUGGCAGCCCUCCUCCUCCAUACCAGAGACGCAUUGGGAUGAUACAGGAGAUGAUGCUAUUGGCCAAACAGGGAAAACACGACGAGGCUACGGAGAUGCUCAAGACACUACGACAGGACCUGGGGAUGGAGUCGACUUCUCUGGAUGAUGUUUUGUACCGAUACGCCAGCUUCAGGAACCUGGUGGACCCCAUCACACACGACCUGAUCAUCAGCCUGGCCCGAUAUGUGCACUGCCCCAAGACGGAGGGAGAUUCUCUGGGAGCAAUGGAGAAGGUUUGUCGUCAGCUGACCUACCACCUGAGCCCUCACUCUCAGUGGAGGAGACAGGGGCUGCUCAAGAGGAAGCCCCAAGCCUGCCUGAAGGCAGUGCUGUCCGCCCCUCCCUCCAGUGGCACGUUGGACCUGUCUGGGAUCCCCCUUUGUGCCAGGGACAUGGAGCGCUUGUGUGCCCACCUUCAGCGCCACGCCCCCUCUGUGGUGAGUCUGGAGCUGGGCUUCACCGAGCUCACGGACGAGGCCUUUCUGCUGCUCCUGCCCACCCUGGCCGCUCUGCCCCGACUGGAGACUCUGGCUCUGAACGGAAACAGACUCACACGGGCCGUUCUCAAGGAGCUCACAGACGCACUCAAGGACCCCAGCAGCUUCCCAAGUGUGACAUGGAUUGAUUUGGGCAACAACGUGGACAUAUUCUCUCUGCCCCAGCCUUUCCUGGUGAGCCUCCGGAAGCGCUGUCCCAAACAGGGCAACCUCCCGACCAUCCUGGAGUUUGGGGAGAGCCAGGCCAGCGACCCCCCGGAGAGACUGCGCGGUUUGGGGGAGGAGGAGGAGACUGACGACACUAACCGCACCGAAAGCAUGGGCGAAUUACGGUCGGAAGUUGAUGCCGAAAUGGACGGAGAGACUGAAAUUGAAGAAAUGAUGGAGGAGCUGUUGGAUUUUGAUAGAGAAACGCAAGGUAGGGAUGAAGAGGAUGAUAGCAUGUGGACAUUAGAGGAGCAGAGAAAAGUGAUACGCCCAAGAAGGAGACAAAUCCAAGACAGUCCCAGGAAAGAGGCGAAAAAAGCGGAAAUGGAUGACGAGGAGGACACGCACAGCCGCUCCUCUCACAUGUCCUGCUCCAGCCAAUCACAGCACUCGUUGGGAGCCGGUGAGCCGAUAAGAGUGGAGAUGGAGGACUUGGAAGAAACCACAGACCGAUCAGAGCAUUUGACCUGA